AUGCCUGAACAUAUUGAUUCACAAGAAUCUAUCUCUAAAAUGAGCACAUCACAGUUUUCCUCCGUCGAGGAUCUCAACGCCACCCAGGAGAAGUCAAAUUCUUCACCUCUCCAGCGCUUGAAGAAACAAUGGAAGGAGAUAAAAAGGGAGUGGGGACCUCUCAUGGCGGCUAAAGAAGACCUAUAUGACGAGUACACUUUCCCACCGGGUCGACUCAGUGUUUUCGUCAAGACUGCAAAAAAGUGGUGGACCUUUUCUUCAAUCCAGGGAGCACCAUUCCUAAUAUUCGAUGAUCGUGGCCAUGCUGCGAUCUUCCUACAAUCAACCUGA